AUGAAUUUUCCUGUCAAGGUUCGGCCUGGAAUGAAGAGGGAAUAUGCUUUCCUGAUGAGGGAAAAAAAGCUUUUCCCUGUUGAUGAUGACAUAGGAGGGGAGAACGGGAACAGGAGAGUUACCAGGUCUCAGAAAGGUGGCGGUAAGAACUUUCAUGGCUGGAUUAAAUUCGAGGAUUCUGAAGAAAAAGAGGAUACAAAGAGUGAUGUGAUAGAUGUUAGUAUUGAUGAGGAUGAUGAGGUAACGAUAAUAUCACGGAAACCGAAGGAUAAGAGGAGAGCGAAAAGUGUGAAGGUGGAUUUCUUGGAUUAUGAUGAUGUUAAUGUUAAUUGCCAUAAUGGGGUUUCUUUUGAUCGAAAUUCGGCAAGUUUGAAGGAUCUUCUUGAGACGGGUUUGCUAGAGGGCUUACCUGUGCAUUAUGUUUGUGGAUCAAAGGGUGAAAAUAAGGCAGGGGAAGCAGGGCUCCGAGGAGAAAUUCGAGGGUGUGGGAUAAUUUGUUUCUGUGAUGCAUGUAAAGGGAGUCGAGUUUUGUCGCCUGAUCGGUUUGAGUUGCACGCAAGAAGUGGAAAGAAUUGUGCUGCUGAUAAUAUUUAUUUGCAGAACGGGAAAUCCCUUCGCGAUAUCUUGAAUGCUUGCAAGGAGGUUGCUUCUUCUGAUGACUCAUUAGCAGUUCGAGUCCAGAAAGCUAUUGCUUUUUCACAAGCAAAAGCUAAUAAUUUGUGUGAUUCUUUGAGGGAGUUUGAAGAUCAGACUACUCAGUCAACUGAUCACGUUGGUUCUAGGCCCUCAUUACCUGCCUCCAGCAAGAAGUCGUCCGGUAAAUGUCCUAGGAAAAAGGUUGAAGGAAAGCUGACCAAGAAAGAUCUUAGAUUGCACAAAGUGGUUUUUGAGUCGAAUUUGCUUGCUGAUGGAACUCCAUUAGGCUAUUAUUCGAAGGGCAAGAAAGUGCUUUCGGGCUAUAAAUCUGGUUCUGGGAUCUUCUGCUACUGUUGUAGUAAAGUAGUUAGCCCCUCAACGUUUGAGGCUCAUGCUGGUUAUGCUGCUCGACGCAAGCCUUACCACGAGAUAUAUACAUCAGAUGGAGUAUCCCUUCACGAGUGGGCUUUAGCAAUAAAAAGAAAUUUGCAUUCGUAUGUAAAUCAAAGUGAUGAUAUCUGUUCAGUUUGUGAAGGUGUGGGGGAGCUCUUGUGUUGUGAUUUGUGCCCCAGAGCUUUUCACCACGGGUGUGUUGAUCUUCCAAGCGUUCCUGAGGGCACUUGGUAUUGUAGAUGCUGUGUGAAUAUGCUUAAAAAUGAGAACUUUGUGGAGCACAAUGCAAAUGCUGUAGCUGCUGGAAGGGUUGCUGGAAUUGAUCCUGUGGAAGAAGUAAGAAAACGAUGUGUUCGCAUAAUUGGAGCUUCAGAAACUGAUGUUGGUGGAUGUGUCAUUUGCAGGGUUCAUGACUACAAUGAAUCUGAUUUUGGACCUCGUACAGUUAUUAUUUGUGAUCAGUGUGAAAAGGAGUAUCAUGUCGGGUGUUUGAAAGACCAUGGGAUGGAUGACUUACAAGAAUUGCCAAGUGGGAACUGGUUCUGCAGCAGAGUAUGCAGCAGCAUUUACUCUGCCCUUCAGCAGCUUGUAAGCAGCGGGGAACAAAAGCUUCCAGAUUCUCUGCUAAGCACAAUAAAAAGGAAGCAUGAAGAUGAUGCUGAUCUGAAUGUCUCAUGGAGACUUCUCCAGGGGAAAAUGGCUUCCGAAGAAAGUAGGAAAUGGUUGUCUGAUGCUGUUUCUGUUUUCCAUGAGCGUUUUGACCCCAUUGGCGAUCCAAGCAAAAGCAACACUGAUCUUAUACCUUCGUUGAUCUAUGGAAAAUCCAAUAGAGAUCAAGAUUAUGGAGGAAUGUUUUGCGCCGUCUUGACGGUAAACUCAAUAGUGGUGUCUGCUGGAAUUUUCCGAAUAUUUGGACAGGAUGUGGCUGAAAUUCCACUGGUUGCUACGACUAGUAGUUGUCAAGGCAAAGGAUAUUUCCAGUCAUUGUUCUGUUGCAUUGAAAACCUCCUGGCAUCUGUCAAUGUGACAGACCUGGUGCUCCCGGCUGCACAUGAAGCAGAAUCAAUGUGGAAGAAUAAGUUUGGAUUCCGAAAGAUAAGCCCUGAACGAUUGAAGCAAUACAGAAGAGAUCAUCAACUGAUGACAUUUUUGGGGACAUCUGUUCUACACAGGAGAGUAUCCAAGCUUGAAUUGUGA